AUGCCGUCUAUCUACUGUGCUGUGGGUUGUGAUAACAGCAAAUCGCAAAGCAAAGGAUUAACGUUUUACAACAUCCCCAAAAACACUGAGCGUCGUCAGAAAUGGAUUGCUGCUAUCAAGAGGGAUCACUGGACUCCUACAGAACACUCCAGACUGUGCAGUGAGCACUUUAUUUUGGGCAAGAAAAGUGAUAAUCCUUUGAACCCUGAUUAUGUGCCAAGUCUCUUUGCCUACCUGUCACCUGAGCAACGCCAAAGAAAAAUCAAUUACUACAAGAAAUUUGAGCAAACACAAGCUGUCAAAAGGAAGAGAUAUUGUACCGGUGAUGUGUCAAUGUCACCCCGUGAUUACUGUACUCACAUGGAGACUGACUACAGUGACAACUUUCCUGAGGAUAUCGGGCAGAGUGGGGAACACAGCUACUGUAAAGAUCCUAUCCAUACUGAGAGCAGUGUUGUAUGCCCCAAUGAAGCCUGCCAAGCAACUGUUAAGAAACUGACAGAAGAGUGUACCAGAUUGAGGGCAGAGGUCUAUCAGCUUCGGGACAGGGUAAGCAAGUUAUCUUUCCAGCAGGAGAUGUUCAAGGACAAUGAUGAGAUGGUCCUGGACUUAACUGGACUUCCAUCCUAUGCCAAGAUGAUGGUCGUGUUCACCUUCUUGUCAGGAUUCCUAAAGGAGGGACCUGGACUGACUCCUUUUCAGUGCUUUUUAAUGACUCUAAUGUGA